AGGAGUCGAUGACCCCCUCACAUCUAUUGGACAGCGAAAACUCGCUUUGUCCCCUCAUUACGCUGUAUAUUGCGACUAUAAUCCGCAUGCGGCCAUGUCUUUGUACUUCCUCGAGCUCAAGACACCAUACUGAAACCCCGAGGUCGAAUCUGGAAGAUCAGAUUUCACCAAACAAGUUGAGCAACAUACUAUGGUCCCUAUACCGGCACGAAAGAGGACUGUCCUGGAGAUUCUUGGUUUUCUUGUCGAAUAUAGCACCUUGAAAGCAAGAAGCCCCGCGACUGUAAGUACCGAAGAGACAGAAAGGAUCAAUCACAUCGACUUCUUAUGUAGCGCGUAUGAGCUUCCGAAAGAAGUGAGAGAUGGUGUUCUCGAGUACCAUCUUCCCCAACUUCGUCCGAUCGACAUCACGGUUGCAGCGACUCAUCAAAGGCCCUCAUGGUGCAUCACUGACCAUGCGGAGUUUAUGCAUUGGCGACACCGUCGCUUGAUCUUUCGAACGGACGAUCUGGACGUGCGGAGUGUUCAUGAUAAGGUGACGGCUGCGCAAAACUUCAUCACUAAUGUGCUCUUCGACGCCAAUCAUCCAGCACACCUACCUACGCUGGGCCAGGGACAGAAAAAGAUCAUGUUCCAGGUCAUUUUGCGAGCCGAUCUGGCAGUGGGUGGAAUGCCUGUGAUCGAGGAAGACAAUCUUAUGGCGUUGUGGGCAUUCUUGCACGUCCUGAACGGCCAGUACAAGCACAUAAAGCUUGCCUUUGUCUUCAAAGACAGUAGCGACCCCAACAAUGUUUCCUCUGCCACGAAGAGAGAAAUAGCGCCAGACGAUAGCGGACCCUUAGCAGUCAUCAAGCAGAACAUGCUUAGCAUCUUGCUGACAGCCAUGAUAAGAUAUGCAGAAUGUCUGCAUACUGAUCGUGCUGUCCCGCCAGCAGAGAAAUGGAAACGAUAUCUACCGCAAGAUGUCGCUGCAGAUGCGUCUAUCCCUGAUAUACGAAAAUACCAUCGGGCAAGAGAAUACACGACCUUCCAUGCGAGGCGACAAGUAGAAAAGAUUUUCCAUACUCGGCAGAAGCAAGGCUUUUUACAGAAGCACAUGUGCGAUGCUUUCGGAGUUGGUUGGCCGAUGGAUGAUACUACCAUCAAAUUAUACACCAGUCAGCUUGGGGAGCCGCACUUCCCACUUGACCUAGGACCAUUCAUGAAGGAGGGGGAGGCGGAUCCUUUGGGUGAUUUGUGAGGCAUAAAUGAUGCACAGUA